UGGAUGUGCUUGUUAAGGUAAUAAGUUAUAAGAAAGCGGAAGUAUCCAUUGCCUGUUUCCCAUUUGCCGUAAUCCUUACCUCCCCAAACCUUUUUUUUUUUUUUUUUGAAUAAAAAAUUUUAAACCCUAUUUGAAAAAAAAAAAAAACUCUUCGUUUUCUUCUAUUUGGUCUGACUACUCAGUCUCUUCUUCUCUACUUCGAACUCCAUAAAUCAUAAGGAAAGAAGAACUGAGAAACAACCCAAAACCAAAUAGAACUGUUGUUUUUUGCCUUUUGAUUGAUUGAUUUAUUUUUAUUUUCUCUAUGCCAUGAAGAAUUUCUCUGCAUCCUCCAACCACCGCCAACCCCCGCCACUUGGUGGCCAUAAACCUUGCCAGCAGCGCCACCAUAGCUACCAAAACGAUCACCAUCAAAGACCCGAUUUUCGGUCAGUUAAUAACCAAUACCAACGCCGCAGCUACCCACCGCCAGCACCCAACGACGUUGGUUCCACCAAUUCCAACAUCCUCCAACGCCCAAACUUCAUAAUUCAACUCCUUCCCGACUUUUCCUCCCCCUCCUCCUUCCCCUCCAAACCCAACGACCUCCAAACUCUAAUUUCUCAACUCAAACCAUCCCCUGAAAGUUUCCUGAUUCACACCACUGGAAAAAUCGCGGCUUCCCUGUGUUUUCGGGAAUGGACCCAAACCCUCUCUGCAAUUCUUUCUCUCUGGAGUUCCCGCCUUGAUGGGUCCUACCACUAUACUCCCAACCUUAUUUCCAGCUUCCUCGUUCCUUCUGACACGGUGGAACUCAUACAAAACCUUAAAACCCUUUUCUCAAACCAUAUAAAGGGAUUGAUGGAAGGGGAAUUGGUUAAGAAAUGGCAGAAAAGAAUCGAGGAAAAAUCCGAUGAGAUUGCUGACGUGUCAGGACAAAUGGGUAAGAGGCAUUAUCCGAUGGGAAGGUUUUUUGACUUGAAUGAAAAGAAGAAAGCUUCGAUGGCUGAGAGAUCCAUGAUUUCGAAGCGGUUGAAGGAGUUUAAGGGGGGGAUGAGGAGUUUGCUGCGGUGUUUGGAAGAUGGGGAAAUUGGGAAUGAGGAAGAAGAGGAAGCUUUGGAAGUUUUCAGGGUUGUUGGAGAGUUUGAUUGGAAGAGAAUUCAUAAGUUGAUUUUGAGGGAAUUUAGGAGGUUGGAAGAUGGUUUGCCUAUAUAUGCUCAUAGGCAAGAGAUUCUCACUAGAAUACAUGGUGAACAGAUAAUGGUGUUGAUUGGAGAGACUGGUUCAGGGAAGAGUACACAGCUGGUUCAGUUUCUUGCUGAUUCAGGAAUUGCCGCUCAUGAAUCAAUUGUAUGUACUCAGCCACGUAAGAUUGCUGCUAUCUCCUUAGCAGAAAGAGUCAGAGAAGAAAGCAUUGGGUGUUACGAUGAUAAUUCAGUCAUUUGUUAUCCAGCAUUCUCAUCUGCUCAGCAGUUUGAUUCAAAGGUAAUAUAUAUGACUGACCACUGUUUACUGCAGCAUUAUAUGAAUGAUAGGAAUUUGUCUGGAAUUUCAUGCAUCAUUGUUGAUGAGGCCCAUGAAAGAAGUUUGAACACCGAUCUUCUUUUGGCAUUGAUUAAAGAUUUACUUGUUCAAAGACUUGAUUUAAGGCUCAUAAUAAUGUCUGCGACGGCUAAUGCAAAUCAACUAUCUGACUACUUUUUUGGUUGUGGAAUCUUUCAUGUGAUGGGGAGAAACUUUCCUGUUGAUAUUAGAUAUGUUCCUUGUGCAACAGAGGGAACUUCUGGUUCUUGUACGGUUGCUUCAUAUGUUUCUGAUGUUAUAAGGAUGGUUGCUGAAGUUCAUAAAGCUGAGAAAUUGGGGAAUAUUCUUGCCUUUUUGACUUCCCAGUUGGAAGUAGAAUGGGCUUGUGAUAAUUUUGAAGCUCCAAAUGCAGUUGUGUUACCGUUGCAUGGAAAGCUAUCAUUUGAAGAGCAAUAUCGUGUUUUCCAGAACUACCCUGGGAAAAGAAAAAUUGUAUUUGCAACAAAUAUUGCAGAGACAUCACUCACAAUUCCUGGGAUCAAGUAUGUGAUUGAUUCUGGUAUGGUUAAGGAGAGUAAAUUUGAACCUGGUACUGGAAUGAAUGUUCUCAAAGUGUGCUGGAUCAGCCAGAGUUCUGCUAAUCAACGGGCUGGUCGUGCUGGGAGGACAGAACCAGGAAGAUGCUAUCGACUAUACACAGCGAGUGAUUUUGAGUCAAUGCCUCCUAAUCAGGAGCCUGAGAUUCGCAGAGUUCAUCUCGGUGUUGCCGUUCUGAGGAUCCUUGCUUUGGGAAUCAAGAAUGUUCAGAGUUUUGAUUUUGUUGAUGCACCUACUUCUAAAGCGAUUGACAUGGCAGCUAGGAAUCUUAUCCAGUUGGGAGCCAUUGUGGAAAAUAAUGGCGUUUUUGAGUUAACUGAUGACGGACGGUACUUGGUAAAAUUGGGGAUUGAGCCUCGUCUUGGUAAACUAAUUCUCAGUUGCUUUCAUUGUGGUCUGCGUAGAGAGGGCCUUGUUCUUGCUGCUGUUAUGGCAAAUGCCACUAGCAUAUUUUGCAGGGUGGGUAAUGAGGAUGAUAAGGUUAAAGCUGAUUGUCUUAAGGUGAAAUUUUGCCACCGGAAUGGUGAUCUCUUUACUCUGCUUUCUGUGUAUAAAGAAUGGGAAGCUCUCCCCUAUAACAGGAAAAAUAAAUGGUGCUGGGAAAACAGUAUAAAUGCUAAAUCAAUGUGGAGAUGCCAGGACACAGUAACUGAAUUGGAAAUUUGUCUGCAAAAGGAACUUGCUGUUAUUACUCCAAGUUACUGGUUAUGGGAUCCUCAUGAGUCUACUGAGCGUGAUAAAAUUUUGAAGGUGAGCAUACUUUCUUCCCUUGCCGAAAAUGUAGCCAUGUAUUCUGGAUAUGAUCCACUUGGUUAUCAAGUGGCAUUGACUGAACAACAUGUUAAGCUGCAUCCAUCAUGUUCAUUGCUGAUAUUUGGUCAGAAGCCUAGUUGGGUUGUUUUUGGUGAACUCUUAUCAAUAACUAAGCAGUAUUUGGUCUGUGUAACUGCUUUUGAUUUUGAAUCUUUAGCCACUCUCCAUCCUUCGCCCCUGUUUGAUGCAUUCAAGAUGGAAAGCAAGAGGUUGCAAGUGAAGGCGAUGACUGGUUUUGGUAGUACUUUACUGAAAAAAUUUUGUGGGAAAUCUAACCAUAAUCUUCGAUCUCUUUUAUCACGGAUUAGGACUGCCUGUAUGGAUGAACGUAUUGGUGUUGAGGUCAAUAUUGACCAGAAUGAGAUUCUGCUAUUUGCCUCAUCCAUGGACAUGCAGAAGGUUCUGGCCUUUGUAAAUGAGGUGCUGGAAUGUGAAAGGAAAUGGUUGCUUAAUGAAUGCAUGGAGAAACCUUUAUUUCAUGGACAGAGUGCCUCACCAUCUAUGGCACUUUUUGGAGCAGGUGCUGAGAUUAAGCAUCUUGAAGUUGAUAAGAGAUGUUUGACUGUUGAUAUAUUCCAUUCAGAUGUUAAUGCCCUUGAAGAUAAGGAGCUUUUGAUUUUCUUCGAGAAAUAUUCUAAUGGCAUUAUUUGUUCUGUCCACAAAUCUCAAGCCAAUGGGCAGGAGAGUGAUGACAAGGAAAAAUGGGGCAAGAUAACGUUCCUAACUCCUGAUGCUGCCAGGAAAGCUGCUGAGUUGGAUGGAGUUGACUUUGCUGGCUCUGCACUGAAGGUACUUCCUUCAGUGACAUCCUUUGGAGGUGAUCAGAAGAUGUUCACAUUCCCUGCUGUCAAUGCAAAAGUUUGUUGGCCUCAUAGGCAGAGUAAAGGGUUUGGAGUUGUUAAAUGUGAUCGGCUUGAUGUUGGUUUCAUUAUUGAUGAUUUCUCUAAUCUGGUAAUAGGAGGAAAACGUAUUCGGUGUGAUGUUGGCAUGAAAUCUGGUGAUGCUGUAAUGAUAUAUGGAAUUGAUAAAGAGCUUUCUGAAGCUGAAAUUUGGGAUUCACUACAGCGGGCAACAAAAAGGAAAAUCCAUGAUUUUUUCCUGGUGAGAGGAGAUGCUGUGGAAAAUCCAACAUGUGGUGCUUGUGAAGAGGCACUCCGGAGAGAAAUAUCCCCUUUUAUGCCUAAAAGGAAUCCCCAUACAUAUUGUUGCCAGGUUCAGGUUUUCCAGCCUGAACCAAAGAAGACUUUCAUGAAAGCCUUGAUAACCUUUGAUGGAAGAUUACAUUUGGAAGCUGCAAGAGCUUUAGAGCAGCUAGAGGGGAAAGUAUUACCUGGAUGUCUGUCAUGGCAGAAGAUAAGAUGCCAGCAACUGUUUCAUAGUUCUAUAUCCUGCUCUUCAUCUGUAUAUGCUGUUAUUAAGAAGCAACUGGAUUCUUUGCUAGCAAGCUUCAGACAUCUAAAAGGUGUAGAUUGCUAUCUAAAGGCAAAUGAAAAUGGUUCCUAUCGGCUGAGAAUAUCUGCCAAUGCCACAAAAACUGUGGCAGAGCUGAGAAGGCCGGUGGAAGAGCUAAUGAAUGGGAGGACCAUAAAACAUUCCAGCCUCACUCCUUCCAUACUACAGCAUCUGUUUUCUAGAGAUGGCAGUAAUCUGAUGAGAUCAUUGGAGCGAGAGACAAGAACCUAUAUUUUUUUUGACAAGCAUAGUCUCAAUGUAAGAGUCUUUGGCUCUCCGGAUGAUAUUGCCGUAGCCCAGCAAAAAUUGAUUCAAUCCCUUUUGUCCUACCACGAGAGCAAGCAGCUUGAGGUCCAACUUCGUGGUCAGCGUCUGCCUCCUGACCUGAUGAAGGAAGUGGUUAAAAAAUUUGGGCCAGACCUUCACGGGCUCAAAGAGAAGAUACCUGGGGCUGAGUUUACUCUUAGCACUAGGCAUCAUAUUAUUUCCAUUCGUGGUGACAAAGAGAUGAAGCGAAAGUUAGAAGAGAUUGUUCUUGAGAUUGCAGAGACAGGCAAAGAUUUUGCCGAGAGAUCUGAUAGUGAAGUUACCUGCCCCAUUUGCUUGUGUGAAGUAGAAGAUGGCUACCAGCUUGAAGGCUGUUCCCAUUUCUUCUGUCGUUUGUGUUUGGUGGAGCAAUGUGAAUCUGCCAUAAAAAACUUGGAUAGCUUUCCAAUAUGCUGUGCCCAUCAAGGUUGUAAAGUUCCCAUAUUGCUUACUGAUUUGAAGUCUCUCCUGUCAACUGAGAAGUUAGAGGAACUCUUUAGGGCUUCUUUAGGGGCAUUUGUUGCAUGCAGUGGAGGUACUUAUAGAUUUUGCCCUUCUCCUGAUUGCCCCUCAGUUUAUCGUGUUGCUGAUCAUGAGACUUUUGGCGAGCUAUUUGUGUGUGGAGCAUGUUAUGCAGAGACUUGUACUAGGUGCCACCUGGAGUAUCAUCCAUAUCUUUCGUGUGAGAAGUACCGGGAGUUCAAGGAAGAUCCAGAUUCAUCUUUGAAAGAGUGGUGCAAAGGAAAGGAGCAGGUGAAAGCUUGCCCAGUAUGUGGGUAUAUCAUUGAGAAGAUCGAUGGGUGUAACCACGUAGAAUGUAAGUGCGGGAGGCAUGUUUGCUGGGUCUGUUUAGAGUUCUUUAGUAGCAGUGAUGAUUGUUAUGACCAUUUGAGGGCUGUUCACAUGACCAUCAUCUGAUUUUUUCCUAUAUUCUUACAUUUUACUUGUGUAGGUUCUGUUACAACAAUGCAUGUAAAUAGAACCACAUGUAUAUAUAUAUAUAUAUAUAUAUAGGAUUAUACACACGUACACACAUCUUGAAUGUCCAACAGGUUGGGGCAGAUGUAGAUAACGGCUCCUGUAAAUGAUUUUGAACUAUUUCACAUUUCAUGUCUAUUAAGGCAUUAUUAUGAACCCUGCAUCGUAGAAGUUGUGUGCUCUUUCCAAAAUGGGAUUAUUAUCAGACAAGUAAGAAGAGAAAAGAACAAAAACAUAUGAAAAACAUUACGAAUAUUGUUUCCGAGCUCACCAUUUG